GUAAACCAAACACAUCACGUUUAUAACCCAAACUCUUUCCCCCUUUAUUUAUGCAUUUCUCUUCUUUUCAUGUAAAUACACACCAUAAGUCCAUAACCAUAUCACAGCCUCUCGGAAAAUGGAAAGAGAUCUAAAACAGAAUCUACUACUUAAAAAACCAGAAGAAGAAAAUGAACAAGAAGAGUUAUCAUUAGGGAAAAGGGUUUGGAAUGAAACAAAGCUUAUGUGGGUGGUUGCAGCACCAGCUAUAUUCACAAGAUUUUCAACUUUUGGUAUUCAAAUUAUUAGUCAAGCUUUUGUUGGUCAUAUUGGUUCAAGAGAACUCGCUGCUUUUGCUCUUGUUUUCACUGUUCUUAUUAGGUUCGCCAAUGGUAUUCUCUUGGGAAUGGCGACUGCGUUGUCAACCCUUUGUGGACAAGCAUAUGGUGCAAAAGAAUAUGGAAUGAUGGGAGUAUAUCUUCAAAGAUCAUGGAUAGUUUUAUUCCUAACUGCACUUGUUCUUCUUCCUGUGUUUGUCUUCACAACCCCGAUUUUGACACUCUUAGGCCAAGAUGAAAGCAUAUCAGAAGUUGCAGGAAGCAUUUCUCUUUGGUCAAUUCCUAUUAUGUUUGCUUUUAUUGUCUCAUUCACUUGCCAAACAUUCCUUCAAUCACAAAGCAAGAACACCAUCAUUGCAUUCUUGGCAGCUUUUUCCAUAAUCAUUCAUGCAUUCCUCUCUUGGCUUUUGACAAUGAAAUAUCAAUUUGGGAUUGCUGGUGCAAUGAUUUCAACUAUUUUGGCAUAUUGGAUUCCCAACAUUGGUCAACUCAUAUUUGUUACUUGUGGUUGGUGUCCUGAAACUUGGAAUGGUUUCUCAUUUUUAGCAUUCAAAGACCUUUGGCCUGUUGUCAAACUUUCCCUUUCAGCCGGCGCAAUGUUGUGUCUUGAGCUAUGGUACAACACAAUAUUGGUUCUUUUGACAGGGAACAUGAAAAAUGCAGAGGUUGAAAUUGAUGCACUAUCUAUAUGUCUCAACAUCAAUGGAUGGGAAAUGAUGAUAUCACUUGGUUUCAUGGCUGCAGCAAGCGUUCGAGUAUCAAAUGAGCUUGGUAAAGGAAGCGCGAAAGCCGCGAAGUUCUCGAUCGUUGUGACAGUGCUUACGUCGUUGGCGAUCGGAUCCUUUCUGUUUUUGUUUUUCUUAUUUUUUAGAGAAAGACUUGCUUACAUUUUCACCUCGAAUAAAGAGGUGGCCGCAGCUGUCGGAGAAUUAUCGCCUUUGUUAUCAAUCUCUAUACUACUAAACAGUGUUCAACCAGUACUCUCAGGAGUGGCUAUUGGAGCAGGUUGGCAAAGCACAGUAGCAUAUGUGAACAUAGGUUGUUAUUACAUCAUAGGUAUUCCUGUUGGGAUUGUUCUUGGUAAUAUUAUCCAUUGGCAAGUCAAGGGAAUCUGGAUGGGAAUGUUGUUUGGAACAUUGAUUCAAACUAUAGUUCUACUUAUAAUCACCUACAAAACCAACUGGGAUGAGCAGGUGACUGUAGCUCGUAAGCGUGUAAACAGGUGGUCCAAGGUGGAGAGUACCGAUCAAGAAACAAAAACUAAAUUAAUCAAAAAAUAGUUUUCAGUGUUAACAUUGGUGUCUUGUGCUGAGUUAUGCAGCUAAGAGGUUGAUACAUAUAUAGAUAGCAAUAGUAUGGUUGGUUAUUUUGUUUUCAUGUCCUAUGUUGCGAUGGGUCCAUCUUGUGAUGUGAACCUAAGUUGAAGGUUCAAAAAGAAAAAAUGUGAAUUCAAUUUUUCUUGAAGGUCCUCA